AUGGGAGAAAGACCUUAUGAAUGUAAUCAGUGUGGAAAGACAUUCACAAAUAACACCAGUCUUGCUAUACAUCAGAGAGUCCACACUGGGGAGAAACCUUAUGAAUGUAGGCAGUGUGGAAAGAGAUUCAUUUGGAGAUCCCAUCUUGCUGCACAUCAGAGAGUCCACACUGGGGAGAAACCUUAUGAAUGCAAGCAAUGUGGAAAGACAUUCAGUCAAAAUUCCUCUCUUGCUGUACAUCAGAGAAUCCACACUGGGGAGAAACCUUAUAAAUGUAAACAGUGUGGAAAGACAUUCAGUCGGAGCUCUUCUCUUGUUGUACAUCAUCGAGUCCACACUGGGGAGAAACCUUAUGAAUGCAAGAAAUGUGGAAAGACAUUUAGUCAGAAAUCUGAUCUUCCAAGACAUCAGAGAAUCCACACUGGGGAGAAACCUUAUGAAUGCAAGCAAUGUGGAAAGACAUUCACAUGUAACUCCAAUCUUGCUGUACAUCAGAGAAUCCACACUGGGGAGAAACCUUAUGAAUGCAAGAAAUGUGGAAAGGCAUUCAGUCAGAGAUCUGAUCUUGCUAGACAUCAAAGAGUCCACACUGGGGAGAAACCUUAUGAAUGCAGGCAAUGUGGAAAGACAUUCACAUGUAACUCCAAUCUUGCUGUACAUCAGAGAGUCCACACUGGGGAAAAACCUUAUGAAUGCAAGAAAUGUGGAAAGGCAUUCAGUCAGAGAUCUGAUCUUGCUAUACAUCAGAGAAUCCACACUGGGGAGAAACCUUAUGACUGCAAACAAUGUGGAAAGGCAUUCGGUAGGAACUCCUCUCUUGCUGUACAUCAGAGAGUCCACACUGGAGAGAAACCUUAUGAAUGUAAGCAAUGUGGAAAGGCAUUCAGUAGGAACUCCUCUCUUGCUAUACAUCAGAGAGUCCACACUGGGGAAAAACCUCACGAAUGCAAGCAGUGUGGAAAGGCAUUCAGUCAGAGAUCUGAUCUUGCUAUACAUCAGAGAAUCCACACUGGGGAGAAACCUUAUGAAUGCAAGCAAUUGUAG